UGACGGUUGUUUGGUCUGGAAACGUAGAGGACAACUUGCACUUACAGUAAACUGUUACAAAGCCUUUGCUGGAUCGUUGGAUUCCGUUGCUCGUACGAAUUUCGGUAUUCGACUCCCCUGUUUCGAAGAAACCUGAGCUUUUGGUAUCGAGACCUACCGCUUGCUCCUCGUGCGUAUUCCGAAAUACCCUGGCAAGGAAAUUAAGCGUGUCAUUGUCAACAAGCAACACAUGAUGAACUCUGCGUACGACGACGAGGACGACGACGGCGGGUUUGGACCGAAUCCCUUUCGUGUCAACCAUAACGAUCUAUUGGAUAUACCGUUGCCGAAUCCCACUCCUCAACAACAACCACAACAACAGUACGCGGCGUCCAAUGUCAUGUUGAAUCAGCCGUUGAAUCAACCGGAUCCUCAGUCGGGAAUGACGGGUUCCUUUCAGUUGCCCCCUGCCUCUCCACCGUACCAUCCGCCGCAAAACGUACAACAAGCACAACAAAACCAGCAACAGCACUUUCUACCGGGAAGUCCUUCGCAACUCCGAGGAGCCAUGGAUCAGCAAGCACUCCCCGGUAGUCGCAAAGCUCCGUACGGUGGAACGGACGAAAUCGCCUCCACGCCCACGUCCUUGCUCAGUUGGCGUUCCUGUGUCAAGUGCGUUCGUUUGGAUUCCUACGUACAGUACUUUGAUAUGGACACUCGGGACAUUUUGCUCCGUCUCAAAGCCUCCGUCACCACCUUUUGGCAACCCGAUCAAUUCCGUACCGCCGUGUUGGGAGAUCCAUCCACGGCCGACGAAAACGAUCUUUCCAACUUGAAAGGCCCGGAUUUGUACGGACCUCUUUGGGUGAGCAUGACUUUGAUUUUCGUUUUGGCCGUCACCAGCAACCUCUCGGCAUAUUUGCAUCACUGGCAAAAGGUAAAGCGCGCGGACGAUGCUACCCAAGUGGACGCUUUUGAAUUCGACAUUCGCCAUCUCGUGCGCGCCUCCAGUGUCGUCAUGACCAUGACCGUGGGUGUCCCCACGGUGCUCUUCUUGGCCUGCGUUUGUGUCGGCAUGUCGGGCAUUCCGUGGGCUCUCUGGGUCUGUUGCUACGGAUACGCCCAGGUCCCCUUUUUGUUGGCCGCGGCCGUUGUCUGGGUUUGGCCGCACGAAAUCUGGGAAUGGAGUGUGCUGCUUGCCGCCAUGGUUGUAUCCGGAACGCUUGUGCUGCGAAAUAUGAGUACACCGUUACUCAGUCAAGACGUGUCCGCUAGUCAAUCCAAGGCGGCGCCGAUCGCCAUUGCGAUAUUGGCGUGUCACGUCAUCUACGCCGGGGUCUUGAAAGUGUCGUUUUACGAAUGAGUACGGCGUAUUUAUGAAAUAGUUGG